AUGUCGUAUAACGAUAACAACCCUCAUAACUACUACGAUCCUAAUCAACAGGGUGGUAGUGGUAAUGGUGGUGGCUACUAUCAGCAAGCAUAUGAUGAUAGUAAUGGCAACAAUCCCCAGCAACAGCCGCAGCAAGUGCCACCACCGCCGCUUCAACAGCAACAGCCACAGCAGCCACAACAAGAUUUUUACGAUCCAAAUGCACAGUACAAUCAGGACGCCAAUUUUCAGUAUAAUCAAGAUCCCAACGUUCAGUAUCAUCAACAGCCUUACGAUAUGGACGGGUACCAAGAUCCCAACCAAUAUCAUGGUCAGCCAAUGAAUGCUCAGGGGUAUAACGCUGAUCCCGAAGCGUUUUCGGAUUUUAGCUAUGGUGGAGGACAAACUCCAGGCACGCCAGGUUAUGACCAAUAUGGAACACAAUACACACCUUCUCAAAUGAGUUAUGGAGGAGAUCCAAGGUCUUCGGGUGCCUCGACGCCAAUCUAUGGUGGCCAAGGUCAAGGCUAUGAUCCUUCACAGUUUCACAUCUCGUCCAAUUUGCCGUACCCAGCAUGGUCAGCAGAUCCACAAGCUCCAAUCAAAAUUGAGCAUAUUGAAGAUAUUUUCAUUGACUUGACAAACAAGUUUGGUUUUCAAAGAGAUUCAAUGAGGAAUAUGUUUGAUUAUUUCAUGACAUUAUUGGAUUCGAGAUCUUCACGUAUGUCCCCCGCGCAAGCAUUAUUGAGCUUGCAUGCAGAUUACAUUGGUGGUGACAAUGCCAAUUACAGAAAAUGGUUUUUUUCUUCGCAACAAGAUUUAGAUGACUCUAUUGGUUUUGCUAGUAUGACAUUGGGAAAAGUUGGUAGAAAAGCAAGAAAAGCUUCUAAAAAAUCAAAAAAGGCAAGAAAAGCUGCUGAGGAACAUGGGCAAGACGUGGAUGCUUUGGCUAAUGAAUUAGAAGGUGACUACUCGUUGGAAGCUGCGGAAAUCAGAUGGAAAGCAAGAAUGAAUGCAUUGACACCCGAAGAGCGAGUUUGUGAUAUUGCACUUUAUUUAUUAUUGUGGGGUGAAGCUAAUCAAGUGCGUUUUACACCAGAGUGUUUGUGCUACAUUUACAAGUCUGCACAUGAUUAUUUAGAAUCUCCAUUGUGUCAACAGAGACAAGAACCGGUACCAGAAGGUGACUAUUUGAAUAGAGUCAUUACUCCAUUGUACAGAUUUCUUAGAUCGCAGGUUUACGAAGUAUAUGAAGGAAGAUUUGUUAAGCGUGAAAAGGAUCACAACAAAGUCAUUGGUUAUGAUGACGUUAAUCAGUUGUUUUGGUACCCAGAAGGUAUCUCAAGAAUUUUAUUUAAUGACGGUACCAGAUUGGUUGACAUUCCAAAGGAAGAACGUUAUUUGAGAUUAGGAGAAGUUGAAUGGGGUAAUGUGUUUUUCAAAACUUAUAAAGAAAUUAGAACUUGGUUGCAUUUUAUCACCAAUUUCAACAGAAUUUGGAUUAUUCACUUUACAAUUUAUUGGAUGUACACCGCAUACAAUUCGCCAACCUUGUACACUAAGCAUUAUGUUCAGACUUUGAAUAAUCAACCGCUUGCUUCUUCAAGAUGGGCCGCUUGUGCAAUUGGUGGUAUCCUUGCAUCAUUUAUUCAAAUUUUGGCAACGCUUUUUGAAUGGAUGUUUGUUCCCAGAGAAUGGGCAGGUGCACAACAUUUGACUCGCCGGUUAAUGUUUUUGAUAUUGAUUUUCCUCCUCAAUUUGGUGCCUGUUGUUUACACCUUUAAAGUAGCAGGAUUAGUAUUGUAUUCCAAAUCUGCCCUUGCUGUUUCUAUAGUUGGGUUUUUCAUAGCUAUUGCUACAUUGGUGUUUUUCUCCAUUAUGCCAUUGGGUGGUUUAUUCACUUCGUACAUGAACAAGAGGUCAAGAAAAUUCAUUUCAUCACAAACUUUUACAGCCAAUUUCAUCAAAUUGAAAGGUUUGGACAUGUGGAUGUCGUACUUACUUUGGUUUUUGGUUUUCCUUGCAAAAUUGACCGAGUCUUAUUUCUUUUUGACCUUGUCCUUGAGAGAUCCAAUUAGAUAUUUGUCAACAAUGGAAAUGAGAUGUGUCGGUGAAGUUUGGUAUGGUGUUCGUGUUUGUAGACACCAAGCAAAGAUUGUUUUGGGAUUGAUGUACGCAGUUGAUUUGUUAUUGUUCUUUUUGGAUACUUAUAUGUGGUACAUUAUUUGUAACUGUAUCUUUUCCAUUGGACGUUCAUUUUAUUUGGGUAUUUCAAUUUUAACGCCAUGGAGAAACAUUUUUACUAGGCUUCCAAAAAGAAUAUACUCAAAGAUUUUAGCCACCACUGAAAUGGAAAUCAAGUACAAGCCAAAAGUCUUGAUUUCACAAAUUUGGAAUGCUAUUGUUAUUUCCAUGUACAGAGAACAUUUAUUGGCCAUUGACCAUGUGCAAAAAUUAUUGUAUCAUCAAGUUCCAUCUGAAAUUGAAGGUAAAAGAACAUUGAGAGCCCCAACCUUUUUCGUUUCACAGGAUGAUAACAAUUUCGAAACUGAAUUUUUCCCAAGAAAUUCGGAAGCUGAAAGAAGAAUCUCCUUUUUUGCUCAAUCUUUGGCUACUCCUAUUCCCGAACCGUUACCUGUGGACAAUAUGCCCACAUUUACUGUUUUUACACCACAUUACUCUGAAAAGAUUUUGUUGUCAUUGAGAGAAAUUAUUAGAGAAGAUGAUCAGUUUUCAAGAGUUACCUUAUUGGAAUAUUUGAAACAGUUGCACCCGGUUGAGUGGGAUUGUUUUGUGAAGGAUACAAAGAUUUUGGCUGAGGAAACUGCUGCAUACGAGAAUGUUGAUGAUUCUGAAAAACUGUCUGAAGAUGGUUUGAAAUCAAAGAUUGAUGACUUACCAUUCUACUGUAUUGGUUUCAAAUCUGCUGCACCAGAGUACACUUUGAGAACAAGAAUCUGGGCUUCGUUGAGAUCCCAGACAUUAUACAGAACUGUUUCUGGAUUUAUGAAUUAUGCAAGAGCCAUUAAAUUAUUGUACAGAGUUGAAAACCCUGAAUUAGUUCAAUAUUUUGGUGGAGAUCCAGAAGGCCUUGAAAUGGCACUUGAGAAAAUGGCUAGAAGAAAAUUUAGAUUUUUGGUUUCCAUGCAAAGAUUAGCCAAAUUUAAAGAUGACGAAAUGGAAAAUGCCGAGUUUUUGUUGCGUGCCUACCCUGACUUACAAAUUGCCUUUUUGGACGAAGAACCAGCUUUGGAAGAGGAUGGAGAACCAAGAGUUUAUUCUUCAUUGAUUGAUGGUCAUUGUGAGAUGUUGGAAAACGGUAGACGCCGUCCUAAGUUUAGAGUUCAAUUGUCAGGUAACCCAAUCUUGGGUGAUGGUAAGUCAGAUAAUCAAAAUCAUGCUAUUAUUUUCCACAGAGGUGAGUACAUCCAAUUGAUUGAUGCCAAUCAAGAUAACUAUUUGGAAGAAUGUUUAAAGAUUAGAUCAGUCUUGGCUGAAUUUGAAGAAUUAAAUGUCGAACAUGUCAACCCAUAUGCACCAAACUUGAAGAGUGAAGAGCAAGCUGAGAAGAAGGAUCCAGUUGCUAUAUUGGGUGCUAGAGAAUAUAUCUUUUCAGAAAACUCUGGUGUUUUGGGUGAUGUUGCCGCCGGUAAGGAGCAGACUUUUGGUACUUUGUUUGCUAGAACAUUGGCCCAGAUUGGUGGUAAAUUACACUAUGGUCAUCCGGAUUUUUUGAAUGCAACGUUUAUGUUGACCAGAGGUGGUGUUUCUAAAGCUCAAAAAGGUUUGCAUUUAAAUGAGGAUAUUUAUGCAGGUAUGACAGCAAUGAUGAGAGGUGGUAAGAUUAAGCAUUGUGAAUAUUACCAAUGUGGUAAAGGUAGAGAUAUGGGUUUUGGUUCGAUUUUGAACUUUACAACAAAGAUUGGUGCCGGUAUGGGUGAGCAGAUGUUGUCUAGAGAGUAUUACUAUUUGUCUACUCAAUUGCCCUUGGAUCGUUUCUUAUCUUUUUAUUAUGGUCACCCAGGUUUCCACAUCAACAAUUUGUUUAUUCAAAUGUCGUUGCAAGUUUUCAUUUUGGUUUUGGCUAACUUAAAUUCAUUGGCGCAUGAAUCUAUUAUUUGUUCUUAUAAUAAAGAUGUUCCAAUUCAAGAUGUCUUGUACCCAUAUGGUUGUUAUAACCUUGCUCCAGCUGUUGACUGGAUCAGACGUUAUACUUUGUCCAUUUUCAUUGUGUUUUUCAUUUCGUUCAUUCCAUUGGUUGUGCAAGAGUUGAUCGAAAGGGGUGUUUGGAAAGCUUUCCAGAGGUUUGUGAGACAUUUUAUUUCAUUGUCACCAAUGUUUGAAGUUUUUGUUGCUCAGAUUUAUUCAUCAUCUGUUUUCACUGAUUUAACAGUUGGUGGUGCUAGAUAUAUAUCGACCGGUAGAGGUUUUGCCACAUCAAGAAUUCCGUUUUCAAUUUUGUAUUCUCGUUUUGCAGAUUCCUCAAUUUAUAUGGGUGCAAGAUUGAUGUUGAUAUUGUUGUUUGGUACUGUUGCCCACUGGCAAGCACCAUUGUUGUGGUUCUGGGCUUCGUUGUCGUCAUUGAUGUUCUCGCCAUUUAUCUUCAACCCUCAUCAAUUUGCUUGGGAGGACUUUUUCAUCGACUACAGAGACUUUAUCAGAUGGUUAUCCAGAGGUAACACAAAAUGGCACAGAAACUCGUGGAUUGGCUACGUUAGACUUUCUAGAUCACGUAUCACUGGUUUUAAACGUAAGUUGACUGGUGAUAUAUCUGAAAAAUCUGCUGGUGAUGCUUCAAGAGCUCAUAGAUCUAACGUUUUCUUUGCCGAUUUCCUUCCAACUUUGAUUUACACUGCUGGUCUUUAUAUUGCAUUCACGUUUAUCAAUGCUCAAACUGGUGUCACUUCGUACCCAUACGAGAUUUUGGGUUCGACACAGCCACAACCUGUGAACUCGGUUUUGAGACUUAUUAUUUGUGCCUUAGCUCCAGUUGUUAUUGAUUGUGGUGUUUUGGCUGCUUGUGUUGGUACAGCUUGUUGUGCUGGUCCAAUGUUGGGAUUGUGUUGUAAAAAGACGGGUGCGGUUAUCGCGGGAAUUGCUCAUGGUAUUGCUGUUAUUGUUCACAUUGUAUUUUUCAUUGUUAUGUGGGUUACAGAGGGAUUCAGCUUUGCUAGAAUGUUGUUGGGAUUGGCUACAAUGAUCUACAUUCAAAGGCUAUUGUUCAAGUUUUUGACCUUGUGUUUCUUGACCAGAGAGUUUAAAAACGAUAAGGCCAAUACCGCCUUUUGGACUGGUAAAUGGUACAAUACAGGUAUGGGAUGGAUGGCUUUUACCCAACCUUCUCGUGAGUUUGUUGCCAAGAUUUGCGAAAUGUCAGAGUUUGCUGGUGAUUUCAUGUUGGCACACGUUAUAUUGUUUUGCCAAUUACCAAUCUUGUGCAUUCCUUUAAUUGACAGAUGGCACUCAAUGAUGUUGUUUUGGUUGAAACCAUCAAGAUUGAUUAGACCACCGAUUUAUUCCUUAAAGCAAGCAAGAUUGAGAAAGAGAAUGGUUAGAAAAUAUUGUGUGUUAUACUUUACUGUUCUUGUUUUAUUCGUUGUAAUCAUUGUUGCACCAGCUGCUGCCUCGGGUCAAGUUAAAGAGGAUCAGUUUUCCAACAUAGGUGGUGCAGGAUCAAUUGCUAAUGGAUUGUUCCAGCCAAGAAACGUAUCUAACAAUGAUACUGGUCCAAAUAGACCAAACACAUACACUUGGUCUUACUUGAGCGUCAAGGCAACAACUAAAGCCGCUCCAUAUUCCACAAACGCAUUUAGAUAA